CUGUUUCCGCAUGUUGACACGGCAGAUCAUAAAUAAACUUUAUUUUGCACAAAAAAUGAGUGGAAAUAUCUUAGAACGUGUUAUUGCAAAUAACAAAAUCGCUGCUCAAUCUCUUGAAGCAUUGAAACGAGAAUUUUCAUCUUUAAAAGAUGAGUAUAUAACUAAAAAAAUUGAAGAAAUUCAAAAGGAGAAUGACGACUUGAAGAAACAAGUCGAAGCUGCUAAACAACAACUCAUAAAACUGGAAGUCGCGAAUGGAAAAAAGCAAAUUCCGGUGCCAAAUCGAGGUCAAUCAACUGAUAAUGUUGAGACAAAAGAAGUUGAAGAAUCUCCAAGUGUCGCUCAACAAACACCUCAACAACAAAAGAAAGAAAAGCCUAAGAAAGAAAAAGCUGCAGCAACAGCUGACAAAACUCCACCAGUUGUAGAAGUGAUUGACAUUUCUCGUCUCGACAUGAGAGUAGGAAAAAUUGUUGAAGUUUCUCGUCAUCCUGAUGCAGACGCUUUAUACCUUGAGAAGAUUGAUUGUGGAGAAGCAAAUCCUCGGACUGUUGUUAGCGGUUUAGUUCGCUUUAUUCCCAUUGAGGAGAUGAAAGAUCGAAUGGUGAUUGUUCUGUGCAACUUGAAACCAGCAAAGAUGCGCGGGGUGACAUCCGAAGCAAUGGUCAUGUGUGCGUCAACUCCCGAGAAAGUUGAAAUAAUGUCACCACCAAAUGGCGCUGUUCCAGGUGAUUUAAUCAGUUGUGAAGGAUAUCCUCGCAAUCCCGAUGCCAUUAUGAACCCUAAAAAGAAAAUAUUCGAGACAGUUGCUCCAGAUUUAAAGGUGAACGAUGACUUCAUCGGAACAUACAAAGGAGCGAAUUUAAUUGUUGACGGAAAGGGACCAAUUAAAGCUCAAACUUUGAAGAAUGUAAAUAUUAAAUAAAGAAAAUUUGAAUAAAAGAAAUUAAAGAAGCUCAUUAAAUCACACGAAUUUCCUUUAACGUUAUCCAAUUGUUUGCUGAAAUAAAAUCUUUGUAACAUGUUCAAGUUCACGUAAAUAUUUCAUUGCCUUUAAUUGAAUAUUCAUUAAAACUUGAAGCCUAAUUAUCUAAUUAUAGGGCCUACUUUUGUAAAUUUUGAUUCCACGC